AUGACUUGGCCACGCACAGGCUGUUACACGCCCACACAGCUACGACAUGUCGAGGAAAAUGGCAUUCAUGAUGCCGUUGUCGUUUCGAGUGACGCUGUCCUAAAGCUUGCAACAUUAGGCUAUGCUGAGACUUCGGACUACAUGGCAGUUUCAGAUUCUUAUGCCGAACAAUAUUAUUCUUCCAACUCUCCCAACAGCGCAAACCAAAGCAAUAACAGAUUGAUGAAAUGUCCACUUCACAAACACAUUCGAAACAAGGCGUGGCCCACAGUUAGUACUUUCAUUCAAAAGAAUCCACAACAGAUUGGUCAGCUCAACCGAAUGGGAUGGUCUUCUCUCAUUUUGGCCGUCUACCAUGACGCUCCAGUAUCGGUGAUUGCCGAAAUGUUGAGCCUCUUGACACCUGAUGAACGACGCGCCCUAUUAUCGACUCCGGUUCCCAAUGGGGCCCGGCUGUGUUUGCACUUUUGCGCUCGAUUUUCCAGCAAUGUGGAAACCUUUCGGCUGUUGGUAGAAGCCUAUCCGCUGGCAUUGGUGGUGCCCUCUGCGGAUGGGAAUCGGCCCUUGGAUCGGGCCAUUUAUUAUCACAAGGAUACUGAGAUUCUUCGGUAUUUGGAAGAGACGACCAAGAAACAACUUGCCUUUAUUGAUAAUAUCGAACUGAGACGAGUCAUAUUGGAUGCAUGUGCCUUGCAGUGGAAUCGAAUGCAGAGUAGUAACAACAAGCCUUUUCAUUUCAUCUUGCCAGUUGUUGACGACAAGACCAGGUUUGUGAUGGACAUUUUUGGAUAUGCCAAGGAACGAGAAAUGAUUGGCUUGUUUUGGGAAAUAUUGUCCUAUGUGGGAAUACCAGCAGGUCGACAGCAUCAUCAUAUUUGUUGA